GUUCUAAGGGGAAGUCGCGAGAAGAAAGAAAGGAGGAGACGUGACGGGGUUGUUGAAAUUAUUUUCUUGGGUCCCUAAUAUCAUCUGACCACAGUGUCCCGGGCUCCGUGUGUUAAUACUACGGUAUUUCCAGUUGUAAACGUCGCCUGGCUCUCAGCAGACGUCCUGACAGUUGGUUUGGCUCACAGGACACCUGUGGAUCUGACUAGGUCAUGGCCAAUCGGGGAGGAGCUACGAGACCCAACGGGCCCAACGCAGGGAACAAGAUCUGUCAGUUUAAGCUGGUGCUGUUGGGAGAGUCGGCUGUAGGGAAGUCCAGCUUAGUGCUCCGUUUUGUCAAGGGUCAGUUCCAUGAAUUCCAGGAGAGCACAAUAGGAGCCGCCUUUCUCACUCAGACAGUGUGUCUAGAUGACACAACAGUGAAGUUUGAAAUCUGGGACACUGCAGGUCAGGAGCGUUACCACAGUUUGGCACCCAUGUAUUACAGAGGAGCACAGGCUGCCAUUGUUGUCUACGACAUCACAAAUGAGGAGUCUUUUGCACGGGCAAAGAACUGGGUGAAGGAGCUGCAAAGACAAGCUAGCCCUAAUAUAGUCAUCGCUCUGUCAGGCAACAAGGCUGACCUCGCCAACAAGAGAGCUGUAGACUUUCAGGAUGCCCAGUCCUACGCAGAUGACAACAGCUUACUUUUCAUGGAGACAUCAGCCAAGACAUCUGUGAAUGUGAAUGAGAUAUUUAUGGCUAUUGCAAAGAGAUUGCCGAAGAGUGAGCCUCAGGCUGCAGGAGCCAACAGCGGACGGAACCGAGGAGUGGAUCUCACAGAACCCGCUCAGCCAGCCAAGGCUCCGUGCUGCAGUAACUAACAUGAAGAACGGCCCUCCGACCAGCCUGUAUGGCAGUAACUAAUGCGGCUGAUGCCCCCGAAUGCCACUGCGGUUACUAAUGCAAUGUGUUGUACUCUUUAUCUCCACAUCUCUCAUUUGCAAAUCAAGAAAAGAUUCCCCCUCUUCUCCCCCUUUUUAUAUUCAUCACACUUCACACAGCUCUGUGUCUUCUCCUCUAGAAAUGGUUUCAGCUGCUGCCUGGUACAGCCUCAAACCAUUCUGUCCCACUCUCUGCAGUCCAGCUUGUUACAUCUAUCAAUGAUUAUUGAUAGAUCACUCAUAGAGGAUAUUAAAGACAUUAGUGCACCCUGCCUUUCACUGUGUAGAUAUGGGUUUCAUUUAGAGGAAGUGGCCACUUCCCUAUGUUUUGGAAUAACUUUAGACUUAACUACUGCAUUUCUAAAGUUUGUUGUUCUUUUUUUGAUCUUUGUUUUCACUUCAGUUUGCUAUGAUUUUGUCAAAAUUAUGGAUGCACCUACUUGUUAACCCACAGGGCCAAGGAUAGUGAAACAACAAAAUGUGUUUGACCUUUCGUGUGCAGUAGCACAGAAAAUCUUUCAUGGGAAAGGAAACACUGAGAGGAACCCUUAGCUCCACAUCUCUGUCCUAUCAUUGGGACCUUUUUAUGGUAAAAUUAAGAAAACACUUAAUAACUGAAGUCCUCUUAGGUUUUCUCCCUUUUUGUUCCCCAUCCUACCCAAUGUUCUUUUCCUUACCUGACCCAGUUUAGCACUAUAGUGCACCAAGCAACCACAGCAUUAUCAUCACCUAUGCAAUCUAAUGUAACAGUUCUACCACCAUGAUAUUAAAGUUAUAUUGGGAAGGGUUGUAAUAUUUCCCUUUACAACUUCAUAUUAACACAGAUGUGGACAAUUUGGUCUGAUAAAAUAAAUUGCAUUCUUUUGUUUAAACAAACAGAGGCUGCUAUCUCUUCAACAUCAGAUGCUGAGAAGAAUACUUAGUAUUGUGUCAAGCAGCCAAUCUCAUGUCUGCAUGAAAGUAGAAGAUUGUGAUUUAACUGUGUAAAAACCCAAGGAUCUUAUUGGGAGUUUUAUUGUUAGUUGAGUGCAUUUUUCCAACCUUAACAGUGGGUGAAUGUGCAUUAAAUUGACUGGUGUUCCUUGCAUUUGCCCUUUCCAUUAACAUGCAUGAAGUUAGGAAAAUAUUUGGAACACCUUUCAACUUAGUGUAAUAUUGAUUCCAUCAGAACCUGCCAAUCUGACUUCAGUAAUAUGAAAUCCAGGUUCCACCUUUCAGACCAUGUCAACAAAAUUGAAAGCAUUGAAGCUUCGUUAUAGCAGAUCUUACAGUAUAACUGUUGUAUUGGAUUGUGUCUGAUUGCUUACACGUGAUCAUAUUGUUGUGGUUGAUCAGUGUACCUUAGUGGCUCCCUUAUGGGGCCAUGCCUGCUUCUAGCUAUCCCUUGUGGCAUUGUGCAAUGUUUCACAGUAUUAACUCUGUGUCUUUUUUGUGUCUGCAAGGACAGAUGCAGCACAGCAAAACAGCCCUACUCCACCAUCUUUAUCAACCUCCACACAUCCUGCCACAGUGUCACUCAGAAAGUCCUUGCCUUUGUUGAAUUUUUCACUUUCUGUCGGAUGACUUGUCUUAAUUUUGUAUAGUUUCUGGGUCGCUGCUGGGUGUGAAGGUGAAAGCUGCGAUAUGUGAAUCUGCUUCUUGAUCACCUUUUGUGAAUCAUAAUUAUUCCUCUUUGUUUUUUCUCUAUGGGCUUAGGAAGUGCUUUAGACACAGUUGUGUGUCAGUGUGUAAAAACUGGGCCUGGGCCGGCUGGCUGAUGACAGAUUACAUCCGUAGACUCACUCACUCACUCAUACGUGCCCAUUUAUGUCUGUGUUUGAACAUUUGAAUAUAAACACACACAUCCCGUUGACUUCUGAGAGAGAUCAUUGUACAUAAUCACAUACACGGUCUGUUACAUGCUUACUCACCUUUGUUAAGCACAGUUUUUUUCUACCCUCCCAGAGACAAACACAUGUAUGGUCGAUAACUUUCUACAGGUCUGUCUCUUACUCAUGCCUUGCACUAAUGAUGCUCAUGAAUAUAUCUUGUCAUAAUUACAGCCAGUUUGAUAUAAAUAUAUAUAAAUAUAUAAAUAUAAAUAUAUAAAUAAUAUACUGUAAAUAGGGUGUUGCAGUGUAGUCUUUUUUUCUCAGUGACAGGACUAAUGCUUGCUAGGGAGUUAGAUAAUCAUAAAAAAAAAACUGUACAGUUAGAAAAGAAUCAGCUACAAUCUGGGUUUGGACUUUUGUUGCUGUUCCUUUUUUCACACAGAUGGUUAAAUUAUAAUCAGUGGUGGUCUUUAUAAAUGUAUGUAGUGUUAUUAACAAAAAAAUGAAAUUGCAUUUAUUUAGUGGUCUGUCUUGUACCUUUUUCUUAAAGGAAAACAAUAAUCUCAGAACGUUUUGGUCUCAUUUUUUAACAGCUAUCUCUUACAUUUCACUAUUUUUAAAGGGGUUUUAGGCGACUAUGUCUCGGUUGUAAAAGCUCUGACAAAACCAGAUUAUCAGUCUGCCCCUUCGUAACAUCUCAGUAAUCCUCUGAAGAUAUUGUAGGAACAGUGUAACAACUAUCAGCUGGCACGAUGGUGAGCUAUGAAUAAAACUGUAUCACAUAAUACGGAUGUAAAUUGUAUGUUUCAUUUUUUUUUGCAGUGAACACUUAAUUACAGCCGGAAAAAAUAAAUGCAAGCAUUUUCCAGUACUGUUAUGUAAUGACCAAAUAAAUACUGAAAUAAAUUUGAUCAUUUAUUAUUGUAA